AUGUCUGGGGAAAAGCACCCGCGUGAAUUUCAAUCGCAAGAGCAGGAAGAACCGCUUUUGCGCGAGAAUCCUGACCGUUACGUGAUCUUUCCGAUCAAGUAUCAUGAUAUCUGGAAGAAGUACAAGGAAGCCGAGAGCAGCAUCUGGACGGUGGAGGAAAUCGAUUUGAGCAGUGACUUGGCGGACUGGGAGAAGAUGAACGAAGGGGAGAAGUUCUUUAUCAAGCACGUGCUAGCGUUCUUUGCCGCAAGUGAUGGAAUUGUGCUGGAGAACCUGGCUCAGCGGUUCAUGACGGAAGUACAGGUACCGGAGGUGCGCUGCUUCUACGGGUUCCAGAUUGCCAUUGAGAACGUUCAUUCGGAAACAUACUCGGUGCUGUUGGAUACGUACAUCACAGAUACGGAGGAGAAGGACCGCAUGUUGCACGCCAUUUCGACAAUUCCGUGCAUCCAGAAAAAGGCCAACUGGGCGAUUCGGUGGAUCCGCAGCAGCAGUUCGUUUGCAGAACGCCUUGUUGCCUUUGCGGCGGUGGAAGGUAUUUUCUUUUCCGGCUCCUUCUGUGCGCUGUUCUGGCUAAAGAAGCGUGGUCUGAUGCCCGGGCUGACGUUCAGUAAUGAACUCAUCUCGCGUGAUGAAGGCUUGCACACGGACUUUGCGUGCCUGUUGUACGAAAACUACAUUGUGAACAAGCUACCAACGGAGCGUAUUCGCGAGAUUAUUUGCAGUGCGGUGGACAUUGAGCGUGAGUUCAUCUGUGACUCCAUCCCUGUGCGGCUGCUGGGGAUGAACGCAGAUUUGAUGUCGACGUACAUCGAGUUUGUGGCGGAUCGGCUGCUGGUGGCACUUGGCAACGAGCGUCACUACAACUCAAAGAACCCAUUCGACUUUAUGGAAAUGAUUUCACUGCAGGGAAAGACAAACUUCUUUGAGAAGAAGGUCGGUGAGUACCAAAAGGCGGGUGUAAUGAGUUCGGAGGGGACUACAAAGGUUUUCUCUCUCGACGCGGAAUUUUAG